AUGAAAUUAACUGGGUACCACCUAGCAUUCCAGUCGACCCAGGAAAAGGAUAGGGGGCAAGAUAGCUCAUCCUCUGAGCUCAAUUCAACCUUGUGGAAGAAAAUCUGGAAUCUUAAAUCCCCUCUUGGGUUGAAACACUUCCUCUGGCGUGUCAUUAGAAAUGUUGUUUCCACCAAGGAAAACAUGUUUGCAAGGAAAUGUGCAAAAAGUCCUAUAUGUGAUCUCUAUGGAUCUGAGAUAGAAACUAUUGAACAUGUUCUCCUCAGGUGUGAGUGGACAAAAGAGGUUUGGGCAAAUAGUAGAAUUGAGUUUCCAACACCGGUGAACAGAGUGGUAUCUGUUAAGAAGUGGUUAGUGAGUCUCCUUGUCAAAUGGGGAGGCCAAUUCUCGGAGAAGAUGGGUCUCAUUGGCCAAAUUUGCUGGGCAAUCUGGAAGCAAAGGAAUGAAUGGGUCUUCUUGCAGCAAAAGCCUAAUGCAAAGGUCAUGACUCUUAAGAGGGCUUUGGGUCUUCAUGGGGAAUUCUUAGCCGCAACUUGUCCUCAGAUAAAUGUACCAGCCCGUAAUCAUGGUGAUAGUAAUGUCCCGAAGUGGCAACGUCCCCUCAACGGUAGCUGGAAAUUUAACUGCGAUGGGGCCUUCAACCCUUCGGACAAGUCUGCUGCUUUUGCUGUCUUAGUUAGAGAUGACAACGGAUCAAUGGUAGAAAUUAACCACGGGAGAAUCAGGGUUUCUUCGGCGCUGGCUGCUGAAGCUUGGGCUAUUAGGAUUGCAGUGUCAAUGGCCCUGGCUUGGGGAAAGAGGGAUGUCGUGAUUGAAUCGGACUGCCAACCCUUGGUCAAUAUGCUCCAACCAAAGUCUGUCUUGAAGAAUUGGACCAUUCAAGCUUUUCUGGAUGAUAUUUUUUCCUUUUCGGCUAAUACAAACUUUGUCUUUAGUUGGUGUAAUCGUCAGGCUAAUAGGUGUGCUAACUGGAUUGCUUGUAACAGUAGACUAGGAGUUGGUAUUCCCCUUGCCCCUUGUAAUCUUGCUGAUGAGCUCUGCUCUUUAAUCCGUUUGGAUCUUUAA